CCCGUCAACGUCACCCACCGUCCCCUUCGUCCUCUGUUCCAACCCUCCCCAACCACGUCUACGCGUCCCGAGCCCUCGAAGUCAUCAGCAGCGCGUCCAGGCCAAUGAGCUCACGUCUGCCGGGCUAUUCGCCUGCAAGCAGCAGCUCAGCCUCGGCCAAUCUCGCACGCUCUCCUCCCAAUCGGCAAUCCGGUCAUGGCAGUGAAGGGCAUCCACGACCCUAUCGUGGUAGGAGCACGCCCUUUCCCAUCCCCGUAGGCAAGAGGACAGUGGGUGGAUUGGCUGCUGUAGAUGAGCAUGGAGGCGCUGAUAUGCUCUCGCAGCUCUUUGGCGAGGGAAAGGCUCAGCCCGCUGCACUGGGAAAGACGCGAUGCUACUGGGCCCUCUUUUCUACAGAGUCAGGCCCAUCGAAUCCAUACGACCUCACCUUCAUCUUCUGCGAUCCUGUACUACAGAACCAUUUGAACACUGAGGCAGAUCUCAUCAUCGGCAAGAGCUUCUUCGACUACGUACAUCCGGAACAAAAGGAGCAAGCACGAAGUGACCUAGCCCAAAUCGUCGCAAGUGGGACCUUGUUUGGCAGCGUAACAAGAUGUAGAUAUUUCCGAGUCCCUGCCAUCCGCGAGCAUCUAGGAUGUAAAAAGGCUGUACGAGUCUUGGGCUCCGCACUCGUCUGUGAAGAUGACGACUUCCUGACACUGGACAUCGUCCUCAACAUGGUGGGCGAAUCGUUGGCAUUGUGCUUCUUUCACGCUAUCAUCAACAAAUCUGUACAAGACAAUGACGAGGCAAACAAGACGGAUUGGACCAAUUGGUGUGGGACACCGCGUGCACUGUUCGACGUUGAACAAUGCAAUAAGCUCUGGGCAUCAGCUGCUACAAUACCAAGGGCUUUGUCACCUCAGACUCCUACAGCUUCCCACGUCUUUCAGAUCCUCUCUCUCUCUGCCGACGAGUCGCCUCCUGAGAUCAUCUUCAGCUGGCCCCCGGCCAGAUUCUACCCCGAUGACAACCCCUCUGGGCAGUACCCUAAUGCAACCACCGAGGCCUACGAGGACGGGAGCUACUUUGCCGACGAGUUCGCCCGUCUUGCGCAGGGUGUACAGACAUCACCCUCGGCUCGCACAGAGACAGGCCACACGGCGCGCAAUGGCGAACCUGGUACGAUUCAAGACGGAGCGAACACCUCUUGUACACGGCGCUUCAGAGCUAAGCAUACUCUUACUACAGAGGGAAUGUUGAGAUCCGUCGAAUCGGUACUGGUACCCUACGGUACCAUCCUGCUGGCCUGCUUCAAGACCAAGUAUCAGCAGAUUAUGAAUCGCAGUUACGGCGGGUCAUUGGGCGAAUUCUCGACAUCCAGCACCAGCGCACAAGCGUCCUCUUCUACCAGCUCAUCACCCUCUGUACGGCAUGGCUUCAUCGGCGCCUUUGCCCCAUCAUCCCAUGUGCCGCGGAGCGUCGAUGGGAGCCACAGUGGAGGCAAGCCCGGUAGCGUCUUGGGCAGCAGUCGUAGUCGAGGCUCUGGGGAUGGACAGUGGUCAGACGUGGGCUCACCUUGGUCCAUGGACACUGCUAGGGAGAGAUUGGGCGGUAACGGGGACAGCGGCGUGGCGGGAACUAGCAGCAGUAUACCCAUUGUCGCACCGCAAGGUGCUGCUCGUUACACAGAUGAUGAUAGUGAGGCGAGCAGUCCGCAGCGACAUGCGGAGGAAGUUCCGCCGUUGCAGAAGAAGCAGAAGAAGCGGAUGAGACAGAGCGAGCCUGGGUCGGAUGCCGUGGCAGGUCCAUCUCGAACGGUGGACAACGAGGCAACAAAGGCACAGAGUGAUGGAGCAGCAGAGGCCAACAAGAGAUGUAGUAGCUGUGGCACAGCGAACAGCCCUGAAUGGCGCAAAGGUCCUACAGGCCACAAGACACUUUGCAAUGCAUGUGGGCUACGGUUUUCUCGUUCCAUCAAUCGUCAACAGAAGAAGGCCGAAAAGGAGCGCGCAAAGGGCUUGGCUGCUGGCAAGACGCAUGCCCACGUACAUGUUCUUGAGGACGACGCGGAAGAAGACUCAAAGAGCGCGCUCGCAGGUCUGAGAGCAGUUGCUGGAAAGGGGAGGGGUGGUGAUCCCUUCAACGCUGCUAGUCUAGCGGAUCCUGCUCCUCCCUUCUAUUCAAAACCGAAAUCGCAUGCUCAGCAGCCUCAGUACACCCCUCCCGCAGGCGAAGGGUACGGGACUCACACUGCCCACCAGAUCGAUUCGAUGGGUUGGGGUCCUCCGCCAGGUGCCUAUGCACAUCACGCCGAGCCUCUGCACCUCCCUCCUCAUCACGGCAGUGCUCACGGGCAGAGGGACAGGGACCCGUUCAGACCCCCUUCACCUCAAUACCUCCACGCGUCUGGUGCUCACCCUGGCAGAGAAGAUGUCCCUGCUUCUGCAAGGAGUGGGAGCGGAUCUUCUGGUAGCGGGAGUGGGCGUCAUAAUGGAGGCGUUCGGCCGAGUGUGGGAGCGGGAGAGGGACGAGCAUAAAGUGUAGGAGAGUAGCUCAGCUAGUCAGUGUAAGCGACGCCGAAGCGCUGUCAAUCUAGAAGGAGGAAGGGAUGGAGCAGUGGAUCAUGCACACGGACUAUACCAAAGCACGAGACAAGGGCACGCAAGUAUUGUCUGCAAAUUUAGCUUGAAAUUGCCAUGCGCCGAGCAGGGGA